UGAAAUUAAGAUUGGGAUUAGAAUAAGAUCAGGACAAAAUUGGAAUUCACUACUUUAAAAACGUCUUUUGUUGAGUUAAAUUGAAUCACUACCAAAGGAUAAUGAUUUUGUUACCAGUUGUUGCAUUGAUUCAAUUGUUCAUCUGCAAUGCUAAUUGCUUCAUGGACUGGCCAUUAUUCUCACGCCUUUCUCAAAAUGCGAUAUUUCAUGCAACAUUCACUGAUGAGGACACGGGCGAUGUAUUUUUUGUCAAGGAAUACAUUAUUGAAACUGGUGUUUUAACGAGCAAAAUUGAAGUUACAUCAAAACGUGGGAAGGCUGAAGUUUAUUACAGUGACGAUGGCUUAAACGGUUUGGGGGAAUAUCAACGUUUGGUUAUUCAAGAUGGACGAUGUGAUAUCUACACUUACAACAUCUUUUGGGACCAAAAGCUACUGGACACUGAAAAACCAUUGACAAAUCUCGUCUUAUUACUUGGUCCAUCACUACUUUAUCGUAUCAAUGACCAAGAGCCCGACUGGGAACAAGGAAAGGAUCAAAAUGUUAGAGGAGUUCUUUUGAAAUCUGUUCGUGCAAGGAUUGACAGGAAUAUCAACGUUACUUAUUACUACAAAUCACUUGGCCACGACGACAGUAAUGAUCUUGAGAAACCGAGGAGAAUAGUUCUUGAAGGUGUUGAUCCAUUGGGUUCAAUAAAAGCAAAAGAUGAGAAACUUAUUAUAGAUUUGCAUUUGCAACUAGAAACUUACGAUUCACUUGAAAAACUUGUUGAGGUCACUCCUGGAAUCGGGUGUCCAAUUUACUUAUCAAAGGCAAGACCAUUUCCUAAACUUAAAACCCGUCGUAUUUCAAUGAUCAUUCAAGAAACAAUCAAUGGAGUAUCAAAAUCAUCAACUAAAGAAGAGUUCUAUGUGAAUGAAGAUGAAGCCAUUUUGCGUCAUAUAUCGCCAUCCUCUGGAAUUAAUGCAGUUUAUGAUUACAAUUUGGGUUUAGCUUAUACAUUGAAAGACUCUAAAUGUUCAAUAUCGCCCCUUGGUGAUAAAGCUCCCUGGUUGAAUGAGAAAAGUCAUCUGAGCUUGGAUCAUUUCCUCUGGUUGAAUGUUCCUCUUAAAUAUUUGGGUCAAAUUUAUCUUGACUAUCAGUCUAAAUAUGUUGUUAAAGCUUGGGAAGCAGUUGAGUACAAUUUGACUCUUAAUGGUGUUCAAUAUGACAAAGUAGUGACUACUUUAUAUUUUGUUGAUGGGCAUGAAAGUGAUACAUUUGAAGGAUAUAAUCUUGUUGGUGCUGAUAGAAACUGUUACACUCGAAAUUCAAAGAAUGGUUAUACUCUUGUUCAAGUAAUAAAUCGAAAGUUCUACGACACGAAGGCAGUUAUAUUGGAUACCGAUUCCACUGGAAAAUUUCCGUUGGAUCAAUGUUUCCCUGAUCUUAAUUCAAAGGUUACAUUGGCAUACCAUUUGAAGUACAUUGAGAAAGUUGAGAGAACUGAAAGUUUUCUUUACCAAUUUCGGCAAAACUUUAAGAACCAAAUAUUAAUAAACCAUAAAAUUUCGCCGCUAAGAGUUUUGAACAUUGAUUUCGUUUUCAACUCUAAAGAUAUCGUCGUAUAUGUAACAUUUUCAGACACACCGAAAAUUGAAGAUUCGUUAAAAAAGGAAAAAAUGACCAUAAACUCUAAUUACCUUAAAAAGUUUGCAACUUAUUCUUUCGAAAGUGAAAAUGAAUGCUUACAAUUUCAAGGCAAAAUGAUCGGGAAAAUCAGAAAAGUUAUUUAUUGUAAUAUACCUGGAUCGUCCAGUAAAUGUUAUCGAAUUGAAAAAGAAGACAAAAUUAUUGAAGACAAAAUAAAUGGUUACAAUUGCUCGAUUUUUGAUGUACCUUUGGAUAAUCUGAAUCGCAUUGAUCAAGAGCUUCAAUUGAAACAAAUUUAUCCACAAAUGAUCAAGAAGAAUAUUAAAUCCAUUGAAUUGGCCAAGAAUACAUUCAAAAUUAUUAAAGUGAUUGAUGUAACGAAAAGCGAUGAGGCAACUGGUCUAAUGCCAUUCACGCUGUCACACACUCAAGCCAAAUUGAAUGAUCUCAAUGGAGCGACACAACUAAUCAAUGGCAAGAAUCUUGGUGAUUGUUACAGAUCCUGUGUUCGAGCUGGUCAAUCUCUUUGUCAAUCAUUUUCAUUCUGUGAACAUCCAGACCGAUCUUUUUGCAUGGCAACAAAUACUUUGUCAGAUCAGCUCACUUCAGAUGAUAUUGUCAAAGAUUAUAGCUGUAAUAUUUAUUCAAAAAAUUAUUUGUUGGACUAUUUUAAGAUUAGAGAACGAAGAUUCAGGAUUUCGCCAUCCAUUGCACAGAAAAUGCCUCUUCAAACUUGUGCAGCUGAAUGUCAUUCUACAAAUGAUUGUUAUUCAUUCCAAUACUGCAACGGAUUGUGCACCUUCGCAGGCUAUUAUACAGAUUCUAGUACCCAACAUUAUACUGAUUGUGAUAUUUAUUCUCCUAAAAAGUCUCAUUUAUAUCGGAUGACUGGUCAUCAAAUUUCAACUGAAACAAUUCACACAGAAAUUAAUCUGAAUAUGGAUCAAUGCGCUUCUCUCUGCUAUGACUGGAAAGCAGGCGACGAAACUUGUCAAUCAUUUGGAUAUUGUUUCGUAGGAGAAACAUCGAGCACUUGUUUUCUAUCUAAGCAUGCAGCUAAUGAUGAUAGAACCACAAUAGUCGAUAAUUCAACCUGCUACACUUAUGAGUUAAACAGCAUUGAUAGAUAUGCUAAUAAACAAAAUAUCGCCAAAGCAUCGCGAAACUUGACGAGUGGUCAAGCAGUAGGCAUUGUUUUCAGUUUGGCAUUCGUUGGUUUAGUUGUUGGACUCUUAACUCAAAAAUUAGCCUUAAAAAUUAAAUGCAACAAAAAAUUUCAAAAUUUUAAUCAAUUUUCAUGGUCGAGACAAUCUGAUGUUGAUGACAAUUAAUGGAUCACUAAAUAAAGUUAAUUCUUGUUAACCAAA